GCUCUUCUCCCUUCUUCUCCUCCUUUCAAAACACCACCACCCCAUCUUCCAACUCUCUCCUAGCUCCAAGGGUCUUGCUCUUCUUCUUCUUCUUCUUUUUUCAUCAUGGCUGUUGAUCUAGUUGGGUACUCUAAGAUGGAAGACCAGAUGGCUAUUCAAGAAGCUGCAUCAGCUGGGAUUAAGAGCAUGGAGCACUUGAUCUGUGCACUUUCUAACCAAACCCAACAAAGUCACCAACUUGACUGCAGAGAAAUCACGAGCUUCACCGUUGCUAAAUUCAAGCAAGUCAUCUCCAUCCUGAACCGGACCGGUCAUGCCCGUUUCCGCCGUGGACCCACUUCUUCCAACCCGGUUUCCGUCCGACCUGUCGUCCAAGAACCUCAAAAACUAAAUCUUGAUUUCUUUAAGAGUAACAAUACCUUUAAAGCGGAGACCAAAAACGACUUGUCAUUCGGCAGUCAGUAUUCCAAGGAUUGUUUUAGCUCUGGCACGACUACUUCGUCCUUCCUAUCUUCUGUGACAGCUGAUGGGAGCGUCUCUGAUGGGAAACAAGGUGGCUCGUCUUCUCUUUUCGGAACUCAUCCUCGACCUACCGGAAAACCACCUCUCUCAUCUACCCACCGCAAGAAAUGCCAUGAUCAUACCCUCUCCACCAGCAAGAUCUCCUCCUCUGGUGGCAGCUGCCAUUGCUCCAAAAGAAGGAAAUCAAGGGUGAAGAGGACAAUAAGAGUACCAGCAAUAAGUUCCAAAGUUGCUGAUAUACCAGCAGAUGAGUUCUCAUGGAGAAAAUAUGGUCAAAAGCCAAUCAAGGGUUCACCUUACCCAAGAGGGUACUACAAGUGUAGUAGUGUGAGGGGAUGUCCAGCGAGGAAGCACGUGGAGCGUGCCGUAGAUGAUCCGGCCAUGCUUAUUGUAACAUACGAAGGGGAGCACCGUCAUUCACAUGCUCCCCUACCUGAAAAUGUCACAGCUAAUGCUGCCAUACGACACGUGUUCCAGUCAACAUGAGAGACGCGGGAAAGCCCAUCGAUGACGUUGAUUGAUCCAUCUUGGACGGUGGCGAAAGGGGCUUGACUCUGUUGCCGUGACAGUCACGUGACGGUAUCUUAUUGGAGAGGAGUCAAAGUAGAAGAAGAAAAGUCUAGUGGUUUGUAAAGAACUUCUAGGAUGAAAAUGAUGGGCCACGUUCAAGUGGCCUGGGAAUUUCGAUUUUGUAUAAAGAACAAGAAAUUGUAGAGUAGAAAUUAAAGAAAAUCAAUGAUGGUAUUAUUAAUCAAUUUGUUUCUUCAUAGAUUUGAGAUUGGAUUCUUUGAUUUGAAAUCUGUGGUGUGAUCGCGAAAGAA